CCGGUGGGUUGUUUGCAGUAAUGGAGGUAGUUGGGUGUUUGUAAUUUCGAGCCUGCUGUUUUGCCAGGAGUCCGUUACUGACCGCUAGCAAACGAGCGGACGCUUAAAAGUGGGUCUGGGAGUCGGUCUGUGCGGCAGGUUUGGUCAAAACGGAGCCACCGAGCGCAGCCCCGCCAUAAUGAGCUCGGAGCAGCCGAGCAGCAGCGACCCGGAGGAGCCUGAGCCCAGCAGCAUCCGAGCCGACCCGUCCGAACCGCUUCACCUGGAGAAGGAGGAGGAAGAGGAGGAGAAUGAGAAUGAGAAUGGCGGCUCUACAGAUUCAACUCCAUUCGAUCAGCAUAAGUAUGACAGGACGGAUGGUAGCUCUCGGCCUGAAGCAGCAGCUAAAGAGACUGGAGGAGCACCGAGCCUUAGGAGCUCCAGCAGCCGGGACUCGAUCUUCUCCUGGCUGAGGAAGCGCAGUGUGCGCACGGGUCCUAUAGUGGAUCCAGCCCGCGAUAACUUUCGGACUAUGACUCGCCUUUAUUCAUCUAUGAGUCCCGCUGCAGACUCAGUAAACCUCAACACCCAGACUCACGGUGCAGUGUUUAAUCUGGAGUACUCACCUGAUGGGUCAGUGCUGACUGUGGCCUGUGAGCAGACAGAGGUGCUCCUGUUUGAUCCUCUUUCAUCCAAACACAUCAAAACAUUGGUGGAGGCGCAUGAGGAUUGUGUGAACAAUAUCAGGUUCCUGGAUAACCGGUUGUUUGCGACCUGCUCUGACGACACCACAAUUGCACUGUGGGACUUAAGAAAGCUGAACUCGAAAGUGUGUUCAUUGCAUGGCCAUGCUAGCUGGGUGAAGAAUAUCGAGUAUGACACCCACACACGCUUGCUUGUUACAUCUGGCUUUGAUGGAAAUGUCAUAACCUGGGACACAAACAGGUUUACAGAGGAUGGCUGUCCACAUAAGAAGUUCUUUCACACACGCUACCUUAUGCGCAUGCGUCUUACUCCAGACUGCAGUAAAAUGCUUAUCUCCACAUCCUCUGGCUACUUGCUCAUCUUACAUGACCUUGACCUCACCCAGAGCCUAGAAGUCGGCAGCUACCGCAUCCUCCGUGCCCGCCGCGCCCCACUUAGCACAGAAGGUUCCUCAACAGGCCCCAGAACACCAGGCUCUCGACAUGGCAAUGACAGCAAAGCCCAUUCACACAGAGAAGGCAUGUCUCCCAGGAAUAGUCUGGAGGUUUUGACACCAGAGAUUCCAGGAGAGAGGGACCGGGGAAACUGUAUUACCUCACUGCAGCUGCACCCAAAAGGAUGGGCUACGUUGUUGCGCUGCUCCAGCAAUUCUGAUGACCAGGAGUGGACAUGUGUGUAUGAGUUUCAGGAGGGCUCUCCUCCUCGGAUUCCUCAGUCUCCUCGCUGCUCUCUGCGACUCACGCAUUAUAUCGAGGAGGCGAACGUGGGCCGUGGCUACAUUAAGGAGCUGUGCUUCAGUCCAGACGGUCGGCUAAUCUGCUCUCCAUAUGGUUACGGAGUGCGACUGCUGGCCUUCGACGAACGCUGUGCCGAGCUUGAGGAGUGUGUGCCGGUCCAAACGGCUGUUCUGCGUGAAGUCCGUUCCAUUUACUCUCACAGUGAUGUAGUGCUGACAUCAAAGUUCUCACCCACACAUUGCCAGUUGGCUUCGGGCUGCCUCAGCGGACGUGUAGCACUCUACCAACCUCACUUUUAACACACUUACACACUGGCGCACACACGGACACAGACUUUGGUCAGACCGUGAAGCAAAUGGCCCCAAAGGUCAUGUGUGCUUCAUGUUCACUGUGUCAUGGUGUGGGUUUGUGGAAAUUAGCUGGGUGUUUUUAGAGCAGUGUUUGUGUGUUGUUUAAUCUGUGUUCUUUUGUCUGUGCAUUAUUAAGAGAAACAGCCAUGAAUCAUUCUUACAGUGCAUGCCUCUGUUAGGGGUUGCAUGCUGAGCACUGGUGUGAGUCUUCACUGGUAGAAGGAUAAUAGGGUUUAUUUUGUACGCUUUGCAUAAGAGCUCAGUCGCCCCCAGAGCCUGACCUGCAUGUCAAACGCUGACUUUCCACUAUAGCAGUGAAGUCACUGCUGCCAGCUUGAGCCAAUAUGUUGUCUUAUCAUAGCACUGAAUGUAAGCUGUUCAAACGGUUCAGGUUGUAAUGGAUACGGUUUCUGAAUUCUGCCAAAUGUUUUUAGAAGCAACAAUCACAAUUUAGCUCGAAUACGAGCUGCGGUUUUGUGUGAUUUUUACUGUCUUUUAUGUUCAAAUGAGGCAGUUUGCCUUGUGCAACACUAAUAAAGUUAGGUUAUUUAA